UGUUGCCCAGGCUAGCAUCAAACUCUUGGGCUCAAGCAAUCCUCCUGCCUCAGUCUCCUUAGUGGCUGAGACUAUAGGCUCACGUCAUCAUCCUCAGCCCACGUUCUGCUUCUUGUAUCCAUUAGAUGGUCAUGAUGACCUGGCCUCUGGGUGCUGAAUUGUCCUCUCCCUAUAUAAAAGUGUUUGCAUAGUUCAAACUUUCCAGAGUCAUUUUCUCCCAUUCAUUUUCAGUUUCAGAUCUCAGGGAACAUCCUUUCAUAACUGACUUUCAAAGCAGUGGCAUUUGACACACCCCUGACUCCUAGGGGCUGAUAUAGUCCUUUCAGGGCUAGAUUUUUAUCUGCCUGUGGGGCAUUCUGUGGUAGCAUCCACACAUGAGUAGUCUUAACUCCAUUCCACUGCAUUGUUAUGUUGAUAACCUUCCCUUGCAUAUUCACAGAAUAUCACACAUAUAAAAUAUGUUCAGUGGCUAUUAACUCACAAAGAAGCAACAUGUUAGGAGAUGAACUCUCAUUAAUGAUCUUGGGGAAAUAUGAUGGGUCUCACAAAUGUGGAGUGGUUGGAAGAGAAGAAAAGGACUGAGAUGGGAAGGAAACAGUGAGCCUGGAGAGGUACUGAAAGUAGAGAUGUAGAAGCACACUGUUGAGGAGCUGGUGAGGCACAGAGGGUUCUAGAAGCAUUCCUGAACCUCACAGUCCUUGAGGAAACAGCUGGGAAGAGAACCAAUUGUUCAAGAGGACACGAUGACUGCCAUUUCUUCCACCCCCUUCAUUUGUUCAAGCCCUUGCUGUUUGAUGUUGGCCCAGCAGUUUUGGGCCAACACCAUGUCCUGUGGAAAGGAAGCUGCCCCUUGGGGGGAGGCUGAUGACAUCAAAGACCAGAGUUCAAGACUCAGGGAUCCUAGCACAAUGUCCUGAGUUCGAUCCCAGGUACCAAAAAAAAAAAAGACUCAGGGAUCCUUAGGUGCCCAGAAACUUGCAGAAUCAAUUAUCAGGAUCUCUAACAGGUUCUGGCAAGGGCUGGAUGUUCUUUGUCCAGUCAAAGUCUGGAUCAUGCUGGAUCUUGAUCACAUGCCAGAUGUCUAAUAAACAACUUCAGAAUUCCAAAAGCUCAUCCAUCACACAGGUCAAGUGGCGCAAGAUUGUGGUUGUGGGGUUAGUCACUGCAAUCUGGGUCUUGUACUUCAGGGUUUCCUGGCCUGACAGCACCAUCCCUCGGCCCCCAAGACUGCGUCUGGCACACAAAUCCUCCAGCUUUCUCUCCAGGGCACUUGCCAACCUGACUCAUCUUCUGUCCUGGCCUCUGACUCCAGGAGAUAGAGGGGACAUUUUGGCCUCCACCAGCCCCCAGACCUCCACCUACCACCUGAGGGGUCCUGCCCAGGCUAGCUACACCCUGGGAGGCUACCUGGAGGCUGUCCUUGUGGCCAGGGACCACUGGGGCAGACCCAAGACCCAUGGUGGAGAUCUGUUUCGGGCACAGCUGCUGGGUCCCUAUGUGAGUGCAGGAGUCCCCGGGGAUGUCCAGGAUCUGGAGAAUGGCACAUACCUCUUAUCCUUUCCCCUGCUUUGGGCUGGGAGGGCCCAGUUCCAAGUGAGGCUGAUCCACUCCAGUGAGGCAGUUGGGGUUCUUCAGAGAAUCUGGAGAGAAGAAGGGGCCACAGUUGAUUUUAUAGGCUAUUUCCGGGGACCCACAGGAUCCGAAGAAAAUGUGACUUGCAACGUGAACCCUCUGUUGACUGGGGAGGAGGAAGCUAUCUGUUACUACAAGGAUGAAGAUUCUGGUGAACUGUGGUUCUGUGCCAGGCCCCUUACCCUGCCCUGUGACUCACUGGUAGGACAUUCAGCUGGACAUUACUGGAAUGUGACCACACCACAUGAAGAUGCCCUGUUGGCAUGGAAUCUGACAGACAAGGUCCUCCCUCAGGGUAUUGGCACAGUCCGAGUGUCUCAGGAAAAGAACAGGAAGCUGGCCUCUUGUGCACCCAAUGCUUGCUCUGUUGCAGUUCUGUCUCCUGAACGACCAUGCUACCCUGGGAUCCCAGCCCCAAAGCCCUCUGGCUUCUACCACCGAAACGUGUGGCACUCUCUGGCCUGCUUCAGCCGCUCCUUCCCCACCACUGACAGCAUCCUGGGCUGCCUGGCCGGCCGCAUCGUCCACAUGAUGGGGGACUCCACACUUCGGCAGUGGUGGGAGUAUCUGCGUGACACCGUGCCCUCCCUGAAGCCGGUGGAUCUACAUGCUAUAUAUCAUUCAGGGCCCCUGAUGGCCGUGGACACUACUCGGGGCAUAGUGCUGCACUGGCGGGCUCACAGCUGGCCCCUGCGCUCUCUCCGCACACCAGUGGCCUCCCUGCACUCAGUGGUCAGGGAGCUGGCAGGCCUGGCUGGGGGUCCCCACACCGUGGUGGUGCUGGGCUUGGGAGCCCACUUCACCACCUUCCCUCCAUCCAUCUUUGUGCGACGCCUGGCAGGGAUUCGGGCCGCUGUGACAGCCCUGCUGGCCCGGGAACCCAGUACUCUUGUGGUCAUCAAAUUGGCCAACACUGGCUACAAAUCCGUGUAUGGCAGCGACUGGUUCACCCUCCAGGUGAACCGGCUCCUUCGAGCUGCCUUUUCUGGUCUCCGUGUGGCCUUUGUGGACGCCUGGGAAAUGACCUCCAGCCUGGCCCUGCCGGACAACAUUCACCCGGGGAAGCUCAUUGUCCAGAAUGAGGUGGACCUACUCCUCUCCUUCAUCUGUCCCACCUGAGUGCUUCUGUGGGCCCUGAGGCCUGGGGCCUGGGACCUAAUUGUGAAGAGAAUUAUAUGCAUAAUAAAACUUCUGGGAUAAGGGGACAUGC